UUUUAUAGUUCCCCAGGACUGGGUCCUGGAUGGAGCACCAUUUUAUUUUUCUCCAAUGCCUCAUUGCUCUUGUCGUUUAGUUCUAUAUAACAGAUAGACUUCUGCUCAUAUUUAUUUUGGCCUAUGGUAUUUUCGGUCGCCAGAAGGGGCCACCAUCUCAGUGUCACCGGGACAUCACCAACUUCUUGAAUGGUUCAAGGUCCACAGACAUGUUCAAGACGGAGCCAUGAUCCUUAACAAAUGCAGGGACGGACUCGACUCACUUUUCAUCUUCCAGCGCGCCACAGCAGUGCCAUUGGACUUUGACUCAAAAAGACAGGGUGUUGUAUUCAUGCAACUAAAAUGUGGAAAAGAUAUUCGAGUCGCUGGGGGCGUCAUUGAAAAGUUACAAUUCUUCUAGGAAUUGCGUCUACAACGAGGAUUCAACGUGUUCAUUUUUCGACCGCGAGGUGUAACUUACUCUGACAACCAGGAAACAAGAGUAAGCAUGAAAAGAAGAGAUAUGCGCUACUUUAUAUUUACAUUAAGUGCACAAAAACAGAAAGAUGAAUAAAACGGCCCAAUCCCUUUGUUCUUUUUCUUUUCUUUUUUUUUUUUUU